ACUGGCCAGCUGUUGAAGAGACUCCCAGUGGAAGCUACCAAUAAGAUGUUUAUCUGCUCAGCAUUGUAUAAAGACAGAUUACUGGUGGGGACUAAGAAGGGUGAAGUGGUGAGUUGUCAUCUACAACACCUCACCAGCAAACCCUCCCAGUAAGUCCUCCUAGAUAAAGCUGUCUGGCAUUCCUUAGUAGUGGAGGCCCAGCAAGUUGGAGAAGCAACAGCCAACUUGGAGGUGGGGCUUCCGCUCGGGUUGGAAACGGGACAAAAUUAUUAUUUCUCCUACGAAGAAUCGGUGCUCAGAAAUUUAUUUAGAAUAUUAGUUGAGAUUAUAAGUAGGAUUAUGAGAGUUUAGCCACUGUAGGACUAUGCCUUCAGGGUUGAUUGUCUGGCUCAAUCUUGCUCACUAUUUCCAGUUUUGUGUCCAUCCAAAUGUUGAAUACUGUAAUCUUUUGUAUUCUUUUUCUUAGCUGUGGACUCAUAAUAAUCAUAUCCCUUUGUGAAGAAGAGUGUAAGUUGAACUACAAACACCAGUCUUUCAACCAGAUGAAUCAUUGUGUUUAUUUAACCCCAACACAUAAAUAAAGGGGAUAUUUUUAACAUGAGAACCAGCUUAUACAGUAUCAGCACCUGUGGUUGUUAGGUCUUGUGAACACUAAGUUCAUGUCCUGAACUUCUUGUGAACACACAAGUUCAUGUCCUGAACUUCUUGUGAACACACAAGUUCAUGUCCUGAACUUCUUGUGAACACACAAGUUCAUGUCCUGAACUUCUUGUGAACACACAAGUUCAUGUCCUGAACUUUUUGUGAACACUCACCUUCAUGUCCUGAAUUUCUUGUGAACACUCACCUUCAUGUCCUGAAUUUCUUGUGAACACACAACUUCAUGUCCUGAACUUUUUGUGAACACACAAGUUCAUGUCCUGAACUUCUUGUGAACACACAAGUUCAUGUCCUGAACUUCUUGUGAACACACAAGUUCAUGUCCUGAACUUUUUGUGAACACACAAGUUCAUGUCCUGAACUUCUUGUGAACACACAAGUUCAUGUCCUGAACUUUUUGUGAACACUCACCUUCAUGUCCUGAAUUUCUUGUGAACACUCACCUUCAUGUCCUGAAUUUCUUGUGAACACACAAGUUCAUGUCCUGAACUUCUUGUGAACACACAAGUUCAUGUCCUGAACUUUUUGUGAACACUCACCUUCAUGUCCUGAAUUUCUUGUGAACACACAAGUUCAUGUCCUGAACUUCUUGUGAACACUCAACUUCAUGUCCUGAACUUCUUGUGAACACACAAGUUCAUGUCCUGAAUUUCUUGUGAACACACAAGUUCAUGUCCUGAACUUCUUGUGAACACACAAGUUCAUGUCCU